UUACAGUUUACAUUUGGAUGAUAAUAGUCUCUUUAUCAAUGUUUGACUGUAACAACAACCAGGUGUGAGCGAUCUGGUGGCGAGUGUUGUGAUAAGAGUUGAUAGAGCGGCCUCUAGCGGUCAUGAUGGAUAACACACGCUGUAAAAACACACGUGACUCUAUUGACCUGAAGAGACCUCGCCCAUCUGUUCAUGUAGUUUAAUUAAUAUUACUAGUUUAUGUUGUUCAAUAAUUUUGUCCGAAUUAUUUAAAAAUUAAUGUAAAAGUUUAAAACACGUACGUUUCAUUGCGGGUAGGCUAUCGAUCUCUUUACUAAAAAAACCAAAAGAUAUAUUUUAGGAAAACUUGACUAAAAAUAAUUAAUGAGAAAGCUGAUAUGAUACUAAAUAGAUAUGCUACAUGUUGAUUGUUAUCAUGUUUUCACAUGUGUGCGUGCGUGCGUGCGUGUGUGUGCGUGACAUGUCUGUUUAGUUUGUAACAUGAUGUCAAGCAGCGUGUUUCACAGAGAAGAGUCCACGCAGAUCUCUGUCCAUCACAUCACAUCAUAUACUGAGAUCAUCUGAACUCUGCCUGGAUUUAAACAAUAAAACAACUCGUUUAUAAAUCAAAUCUGACCACUAAAGCGGACUGUACAUGAAUUCAAAUAUUCUGCAUGGUAUCUUUGCCUUUAAAAGCAUCAUUGAGAUGUUCCAGAGAGAUCUACUGCUCGGAUUCACAGAGAACAACAGCAGACUGAAGACGGCAUGUUGAGUGCAGAUGAUGGGCACAAACACAGAUGAACUCAGUGACACAGGUUUGGCUGAUGAGCUGAGAGUAAGAUGAAGAUCUGUGAUGUGAGGAGGAAGAUCGGGGUCAUGAUGCUGGUGAUGUUCAGUUGUGUGUUCUCUACGCCGCUGAACAAAACGCACUCUUGCCCUCCAGAAGCACACAGUCAGUAUUCACAAACAUCACAUCUCAUCUCUCACAGCUCACAGAGGUCCUCUCAACAUCAUCUGCUCGAGUCUCACGCCAACAAACAUCUGGACGGAACAGAACACUCGGACGUCGUUUCCAGACAGAAGAGAUCUGUGCGAGCGAGAGGUGCUGUGCGUAAGACGGACAGGAGGAGUCGUGAGAAGAAGGGUGGAGGAGCGUCUGGAUGUGCGCUCAGACGGGUUCAGAUGAGAGUUUCUGAUCUGGGUUUGGGUUUUAAGAGUCAAGAAGAGUUCAUGUACACUUACUGCAGCGGCGUGUGUGUAAACUCUCUCACAAACUACGACAAGAUCAUCACCAGCCUCACAGCCAAUCAGAAACCCCUUCUGAUCAAUUCCCCUCCCACCGCCUGCUGUCGACCUAUCGAAUACGACGAUGACCUGUCAUUUCUGGAUGACAAUCUGAUAUAUCACACAAUGGAGAAACACUCGGCACGGACAUGUGGCUGCGUGUAGUGUUUCUCAAACGUGCAAGCCUCAAGAUGACCUACGUGCUCUUAACACGUGUUAUUUUUCACAUAUUUUGUGUUGAUUUUGUGUAAAGUAAAUGAAAGGGACAACAAAUACAAAACCAGCAUUAAAAUAAGCUACAACAAUGGAAAACCUUGCUUACACAAUGUUUUGCUAUCCCAGGCUCUAGAAUACUGUGUAUAAAUUGUGAGGGUUUGUGUUGUGAACAAGAGGGGACAUUAAAGCCCCAGUCAAAUAAAAAAUGACAAUUCUUAUUUUUUCAUGAAAUGUUGCAGCGUUUAUAGUAAAUAGCUUAUCAAUGUGGGUCGUUUUCUUUUUAAAAAUCAUGUACCCUCAUAAUCUUCAAUUAAAAUAUGAAAUGACUCUUUCAAUUGGUUGGAAUGAUAUCUGACCAAUGACAAAUACUUGA